AAGCUGCUGACUGGGUUAGUCCCUGGCUUAUAAGCGUCCGAUUCCUCCUUUUGUUUACAACUCACCAACUCGCUGUCGGCAGGUUACUUUAUUGCGUCCACUAAGAUUUGGAUUAGCGUUAUGAUUUUAACAAAGCUUAGUCGAUAAAUUGAUCGGUGAAGUGAUAAUACCUAACAGCCACAACGUUGAAAGGCUCGGCGAAGAAUCAGUUUUCAACUUCGUGUAGCUACAUCGUAACUUUGAAUACUUGUUUACGCAAUCAUGGUUGCUAUGACGAAGAAACUUAAAACGUUCGAAGUUGUUUUCAGCGACCCCAGCAAGACUUUCUACUGCAGCGGAGACAAAGUCGCCGGGAGGGUCGUGGUGGAAGUGGGCGACGUCACCAGGGUCUCGGCUCUGCGUGUACUUGGUAUCGGAUGCGCUAAAGUGAAAUACGCCAAAGGAGGGCAGCGCUGCCGAGAGGAGAAGGAGUACUUCAGAUAUGACGAGGUUGUCCAUCUGGACGACCAGCCAGCAGACAGUGAUGGAUCAGUUAUCUUGAGGCCUGGCAACAAGUAUGAAUAUAUGUUUGGAUUUGAGCUCCCAGAGCAGGGGAAACUUGUGUCAUCCUAUAAGGGAAGAUUUGGUUACGUCCAAUACUAUGUUAAAGCCUUGAUGGAGAGGCCCGCCCAGCCUGCCCUAGAGUGCAAAAGACACUUUGAGGUGGAGGAGCCCUUGGAUGUUAACACCCCAGAUUUGCUGUCUCCCACAGGUGGGGUGAAGGAGAAGAAGGUGACCUGCAUGUUCAUCCCUGAUGGCCAGGUGUCAAUCAAUGCCAAAAUUGACAGACGGGGUUUCUGUGAAGGUGAAGACAUUUACAUUAAUGCCAAGUUUGAGAACACUUGCUCCCGCAUUGUGGUGCCUAAGGCUGCCAUCAUCUCCAAGCACACUUACCAAGCCAAUGGCCGGACAAAGGUUUUCCGACAGAAACUAUCGUCAGUGCGUGGAAACCAUAUCAUCACAGGCAUGUGUGAUGCCUGGCAAGGAAAGACCAUCAGGGUGCCCAAGAUCAAACCUUCCAUUCUGAGUUGUAACAUUAUCCGCGUAGAAUACGCUCUUAUGAUCUACAUCCACAUUCCUGGCAGUGAGAAGUUGAUUUUGGAAUUGCCCCUGGUAAUUGGAACUGCUGGCCUCGGCAGUCGCAGUAACAGUGUGAGCAGCCAGGAUAGCUCGGCAAGCAGUGCCUCCCAGAGUUGGGUGUCCCUGAGAAUGCCAUCAGCACCACCAAGCUAUUGCGACAUUACCCGUGAUUGUUGCAUGGACCAGCCCCUCACUCCUCUCUUGGAUGACAUUGACACUGAUGACAGCCCAAUUUUCAUGAGCACAUCAGCUUUUCCGUUCCCACCUCCACCAGCAUACACUGAGGUUGAUGAGGAGUACAAUGGCAAUGCAAAUAUGCUGAAAGUUUGCUGAAUUCCAGCAGUAAAUCUAGGACUGUGGUUCAGCUUCAUGGGACCUCUUCAUUCUAGGCUUUUGGCUCCCCUAAAGAGUGCAACUACUGAGAAGUGCUGGAUGAAUAGCUUGCACUGUGUAGUGAAAACACAUCAUGGGUGAAGUCCAGACCAGCUAGAAGUCUUUUGUGCCUCUACUGUUGGCUGUCUAUAUCAUGCUGCACCACCCAAACUAUUGCUGAAUUUUCCUGUGGUGCUCUUCAGGUUUAUGAGCUUGUCGGUCAAGCCACAAACUUGUGGUGUUAUAUUUGUGAAUAAGCUGCUCCUUCCAGAAUGCUUUCCUAGGACCAAGAUAUCUCACAUUCAUCGUUCCCCAGCUCAUGAAGCCUUGUGCUUGUUGGGUUUUUGUGUCCAUCGAGAUGAAAUUUUAAACAUACUGUGUAUUUUCCCAGAAGGAUUUCACAAGGGAAACUAACUUGUGUUAGUUUUGUUUAAGCCAUGCCAGAGAUUUAUUUUUCAAAACUGUUCUGUGAGACAUUGUAAGGGGAAUAUUGGUUGCAUUUCUAGAAUUAUUGCAUGUUGAAUAUAUGUUCUCUCUAUGUGAUGUGUUCCUGUGUACCCAGUAUUCUGUAAAAUGUUUUUUAUUGCACUUUCAGAUGAUACCUUAGCUCUACUACUGCCUACAAGAUAUAUCCUUUUCUUUGUUUUAAAAAGUAUUUUCUGUUUGAUACUCUGAACAUUUUCCUUAAAUAACCUGCAUUUUUUACACAUUUUUUGAAGAUGUUGAUAAAUUAGCCUUAUAUUUUUUUAUGCUUGGUGCCAAACAAGGUUGUACAUGUUCACACAUCAAGGAAUGCACCUUAUAUUAAUCAAAGUAUCUCGACUCAAUCAAGGUUAAAUUGUUGUGUGGAAAUAUCUAUGGCCUUUAUAUGAUGAUGGUUCUCCCACCAAAUAUCAUCAGUGUUGUGACUGAUCUGUUACAAUACACAUAUGUACACAUGUUAAAGAUGCAUUGAAUAACUGUGCCUUUUUGUAUAAAGCCCUUCGGGGUAUUUUUUCUAUAAAAUAAAAGUUGAACAGUU